AUUUAACAUUUCUUCUGCCUAAAAACUAUGAUAGCCCUUUUCCUGGUGGCCUGUAAAAAGUCUUCCUAAGGUCGGAAUAACUGGUGGGAGGAUGAGCAAAUCUGCACUUCACGCUUCUUUCUUAGCCACAAGGGUGAUAUUUGAACAUGAAGGAGUUUUUAUCCAUUUAAACACAGAUGAACUGGAGGAUCAGGAUUCACUAAUAUCAGGUUUCCUUCGGAUAGUUGAUAAGGAUGGUGAAAUAUUUGUGGAAUAUAAACCUUUGGAGGACACGGUGGAUCCCUCAAAUAUGCUAUGUGCCUGCAAGGACUCCAGUUCAGUGGUAGAAUGGAUACAGAGGCCUCAUCGUCCUGUGGACCAGCAGCUAAGCUAUGAGACUGAGUGGGACAUGGUCAAUACAGUCUCUUUUAAAAGGAAAGUCUACAGUAACGGAGAAGGUGUUUCAAAUCACUUAAAUGAGCGGACUAAGUGGGCCUUCUCCUUUAACGUGGCUGACCUCAGGUCAGUCACAGUCAAAUGUGAAGGCUGGUCAUACCUGGUGUUCUGCCUGAGAGAUGAUGCAACACUGCCAGCCCUUCACUUUCAUCAGGGAGGCAGCCAGGCAUUCCUGGAUGGCUUAAGGAAAUUGGUGCAGCUCGGCGAGAGUCCUGAAGAUGAAAAUGUUUUUCUUGUUGGAACUUACUACAAAGCUUUUUCGCAGUCCUUUGAGAAUCUUCUAGAUGAUACAAAUUAUGGCCUUGUACAGAAGUUUAAAAAGGAUCCCUACACAACAACUUUGGGUGGUUUAUCCAAAGUCACAAAUUUUUUAUUUGACGCGUUUCGGCAGUCUGAGUCGGAGUGUCAGCAGCGUCCUGCUGAGGAAAUGGUCGACCUUCUAGGAGAGCUUAUCCCCGGGCUUGAGAUCAACCAGCAGGAGGAGCCCGGCUUCGAGGUCAUCACCAGAGUAGACUUGGGUCCAAGGCCAGAGGUACACAGGAGUGGGCCCGUAAUGAUGGAGGACUGGGCGAAGCACCAAGACUUGGAGGGGAGAGUGUUCAAUGUGUCUCGUUUAAAGCACCUCAUAUUCAAAGGGGGUCUGUGCCAUGCUUUGAGGAAAGAAGCCUGGAAGUUUUUGCUGGGCUACUAUCCCUGGGAUAGCACCCAUGAGGAACGAAAAAACCUGCAGAAAAGGAAAACGGACGAAUACUUUCGAAUGAAACUGCAGUGGAAGUCUGUCAGUGAGGAGCAAGAGAAGAGGAACUCCAGGUUACGUGACUAUAAGAGCCUGAUCGAAAAAGAUGUGAACAGAACUGACCGCAGUAACAAGUUCUACGAGGGUCUGGACAACCCUGGUCUAGUCUUACUUCAUGACAUCUUAAUGACUUACUGCAUGUAUGAUUUUGAUCUAGGCUACGUGCAGGGUAUGAGUGAUCUGCUCUCUCCCAUCCUCUACGUGCUGGAGCACGAGGUGGACGCCUUCUGGUGCUUCGUCUCCUUCAUGGAUCAGAUGCAUGAAAACUUUGAGGAGCAGAUGCAGGGCAUGAAGGCCCAACUGGUCCAGCUUAGCACGCUGCUCCGUCUGCUAGACUUGGCCUUCUGGAACUAUCUGGAGGCGCAGGAUUCAGGGUACCUUUAUUUCUGCUUCCGCUGGCUGCUGAUCCGCUUUAAGAGGGAGCUCCACUUUCAGGAUGUGCUUCGGCUCUGGGAGGUGAUGUGGACAGGACUGCCUUGCCAAAAUGUUCACCUUCUUGUUUGCUGCGCCAUUUUGGAUUCAGAAAAACAGAAAAUUAUGGACAGGCAUUAUGGCUUCAAUGAAAUCCUUAAGCAUAUAAAUGAACUCUCCAUGAAACUGGACAUCGAAGAAAUCCUUAUCAAGUCAGAGGCGAUUUAUAUGCAGAUAAGAAACUGCAAGGAUUUGCCGCCCUCAGUGAGUGAGAUUCUGGGUCUGAACACGGUCACACACAGCUUGGCAUUAGAACCCUGUCAGGAGUACGGCAUGCUAGAAUCCCCACACAACUCCCCGAGACCCCAGCACAGACAAGACCAAGACUUCUCCAACGGUCAUGGACUUUUACAAGACACGCCACACAACAGAUGGAAAACUAACUUCAUUUCAUAGUGCACAGCAUGACAUGUACAUUACAGAUGUUUUUCUUAGCUCCUGUAUAGCAGGAAGUUGAACAGUAUUGGUUAUCAUGUAGAUAUUUGCUACCAAAUGUCAUAUAGUAAGGCAUUACAGAGGCUUUACUCUGAAAAAAGAAUUAUGAAUGUAAAACGAGGAUCAGAAUGAUCCUAAAGUUAUUAUUUUUGUAAUUUCUUGUACCAUAUUGUCUUUCAUUAAAAUAACCAUUCCGUCUCAUUGUAUAGUUUUCAAAAUGUUAAGAUGGAAGUUUCCACGUUAUGUGCUGAUUUAUCCCCCCCACACACACACACACACACACUUUUUUUUUUUUCCUGAAUCCAUGCACAGAUCGAUCAAAUUAAAACCUCUUCUCCUCAAACCUG